GAGGUGGUGGGGGGGCGGGAAGGUCUGCCCUCUGACAUGACCCUGUCAAAUGAGACGGGAAGCAACACGUAGGCCUGCCAAAAAGCUCAGGUGAAGGUUAUGAGUCUAUCAAGAGAAAAGAAGUUCUGCUGAGAGAGAAUGAACAUUUGUAAUCGAGAGGGAGGUCGCUGUGCAGAGAUGGCUAUGGUAUGCCUGACAGACUUUGAGGAGUAUGCUAAGGCGCAUCUCUCAAAGGCCACCUGGGAUUAUUACGCAGCCGGAGCAGACGAAUGCUGCACCAGAGAUGACAAUCUACUGGCUUAUAAAAGGAUCCGUCUGAGGCCUCGUAUCCUGCGAGACGUGUCGGUGAGCGACACUCGGACCACCGUGCAGGGGACAGAAAUCAGCUUUCCUGUCGGUAUCGCACCGACUGCCUUUCACUGCCUGGCCUGGCAUGAAGGAGAGAUGGCCACAGCUCGGGGCACCGAGGCUCUCAACACCUGCUACAUCACCAGCACGUACUCCACCUGCUCAGUGGAGGAGAUUGUGGCGGCAGCGCCGAACGGUUACCGCUGGUUCCAGCUGUACGUGUACCGGGACCGGAAGCUGUCCGAGCAGAUCGUGCACCGCGUGGAGGCGCUCGGCUACAAGGCCCUGGUCCUCACCGUCGACGUCCCCUACACCGGGAAGCGCCGCAACGAUAUCCGCAACCAGUUCAAGCUGCCGCCGCACCUCAAGGUCAAGAACUUUGAUGGAGUGUUCCAGCAGGAGGCUGCCGCCGCAGAGGAGUAUGGGAUACCGGCCAACACCUUGGACCCCUCCAUCAGCUGGAAGGACGUGUACUGGCUGCAGUCCAUCACCCGCCUGCCUGUCAUCAUCAAGGGGAUCCUGACCAAGGAGGACGCCGAGCUAGCCGUGGAGCACGGAGUCCAGGGCAUCAUCGUGUCAAACCACGGAGGCAGACAGCUGGACGGAGGCCCGGCUUCGAUUGACGCGCUGUCGGAGAUCGUGGACACGGUGCAGGGCAGGAUCGAGAUCUAUCUGGACGGAGGCAUCAGGACAGGAAGUGACGUGUUGAAGGCGCUGGCCUUGGGAGCCAAGUGUGUUUUCAUUGGUCGUCCAGCAGUGUGGGGCCUCGCAUACAAGGGAGAGGAAGGAGUGAGGGAAGUGCUGCAAAUCUUAAACGAUGAGUUCCGUCUGUCCAUGGCUUUAUCAGGUUGCAGGAACGUGGCAGAAAUCAACAGGAACCUGAUUCAGUUCUCUAAACUCUAACACUGCACUGAGGAGGACUGAACCAAACCAGCAGUAUUGAACUAUAAAGAGACUAAGAAAUAUGUUCAACUCAGAACUCAUGACUUUAUCAUGACUUGGAAACACGAGACAGUGUUUUGGGAAUGUUGAGGGUCAGCAGCAGAUUUAUCAAGUGAAUAAAGAAAGUGUGUUUUUUAGCUUUUGGAGUGGAGAGGAUGGAGGAACUUUUCAUGAAACCAACAAACUUGUUUCAGUUUUAUUGUUUGAGAUGCUGACGGUGAUUGUGGUUGAAUAAACGCCUGCUGAAGUGAUGGAAGAUCUGUUGCUCUUCUCUGGGUCUAUUAUAAGCAGACGAUAACGGACGGAGUCGUAUAAGAAGUCUGUCUUUUGGUUUUUGUUUCCCAACUUUAUACACAAGACUUUACCUUUACAACCAUUAUUUUUUAAUGCAGGGGAGAUCCUAUGGAGGACGGAACCGGCCAAAAUAAAAAAUGACUCGAUAAA